GGCAGGAAUUCACACGCACAGAGAUAUUAUGGACUGCAACCUGCUGAUUCUUUCCACACUCUGACACUCAACCUGUAGGAGUUGCAGCGCCGCCGAGACUCUUUCUUUCCCUUUCUUUUCUUUUUUUUGUCAUCAACUCCGGGAGUGAAUGUGUCCGCUUCGGUAGAAUGGCUUCAACCAGAGGCGCAGUUCUGUCUGUGGAAGCGUGUCCACCGGCCGAAGAGUAGCGGAGCGCUCAGAAUAAACUCUCACAUGGUGCACUUUAUCCUGGAGCAGCAAAGCGCGCUGCGGGGAGCAGAAAUGAAAGCGGGAGCGGUGCCAUUAUGCGCGUUUUCCUUUAUUGGGCAUUUCAAAUGGCUCGAUGCGGGACUUCUGCUGUGCUUUUGAUCAAUCGUUUCGACUGAUAGCGCCGUUCUCGGGUGGACUUUGGCUACCAUUACGCGCGAUUUUGCGUUUCGGAGAGGCGACCGAAACUCCAAGCCAGGCUCAAUCGGGGGACUCUGGAGAGCACAGCGGGGACAACACCAUGACCAGCCGCCUGCUUGCCUUGGUCGGAGUGUGGUGGAGCGCUUACUACUGCACGUACGCGGCGGCGGGGAGUCACUACUCACUGGAGGGCAUCGGCGACGGGCAGCCGGGCUUCGUCCACCGGAGGCUGCGGACGCACGAAAAGCGGGAGAUGCAGAAGGAAAUCCUGUCCGUCCUGGGGCUGCCGCACAGACCGCGGCCGCAUCUGUCCCACGGAAAGUACAACUCCGCUCCGCUUUUCAUGCUGGACUUGUACAAAACUUUAUCGAGCGAGGAGAAAAGCCAAGUGGAAGGCGCGCUGGAGAGACAGCAGUCCGUCCCGGCCACCCAGAGCCCUCCUCUGGCGACGUAUCAAGAAACAGCCUUUCUGAACGACGCGGACAUGGUGAUGAGCUUCGUCAACUUGGUGGAGUAUGACCGGGAGCUCUCUCUGCAGCGGCGUCACCACAAGGAGUUGAAGUUCAACCUGUCGCAGAUCCCGGAGGGCGAGGCCAUCACGGCAGCCGAGUUUCGCCUUUACAAGGAGUGCGUGAGCCAAGCGUUUCGCAACGACACCUUCAUGCUCAAAGUCUACCAGGUGGUGAAGGAGCACCCUGACAGAGAGGCGGAUCUGUUCCUGCUGGAGUCCCGGAGGCUUUGGGCCGCUGAGGAAGGAUGGCUGGAGUUUGACAUCACGGCGACCAGCAACCUGUGGGUGAUGAGUCCGGUGCAUAACCUGGGCCUGCAGGUCAGCGUGGAGACCAGUAGCGGGCAGACCAUCAGCUGUAAAGACGCGGGACUCGUGGGACGAGAUGGCGCGCUGGAGAAGCAGCCUUUCAUGGUGGCGUUCUUUAAGGUCAGCGAGGUCCACAUACGCUCCGCACGCUCCGCCGGCGGGAAACGGCGACACCAGAAUCGCAACCGGUCCACACAACCGCAAGAGGCAUCCAGAGGGUCAGGCCAAACAGAUUACAACAGCAGCAAUCAGAAGACGGCGUGCAAAAGACACGAGCUGUACGUCAGCUUCAGAGAGCUGGGCUGGCAGGACUGGAUCAUCGCCCCCGAAGGCUACGCCGCCAACUACUGUGAUGGAGAAUGUUCCUUCCCGCUGAAUGGACACAUGAAUGCCACCAACCACGCCAUCGUGCAAACGCUGGUGCACCUGAUGAACCCGGAGAAUGUACCGAAGCCUUGCUGCGCCCCCACCAAGCUCCACGCCAUCUCCGUCCUCUUCUUCGACGACAACUCCAACGUCAUCCUGAAGAAGUACAAGAACAUGGUGGUACGCGCCUGUGGCUGCCACUGACGCCGGUGACGACUGGUUGUAACGCCGACGGACAAGGCUGAACACAGUUGAACUCCAGUUGUUUGCUUUUUUUCCCUCCCGCAGCCUGGAAGUUAGCAGCAUCUAGUUCAAUAGUCACAAACCCAAACUAUUAAUAUGUCGACAGCAAGGACGGGGAUCGACACCAGACUGAGAGUCAUUGUUGGCGUCACACUCCAGACUUCACUUUUACAGACUUUGUGUGUCUAAGAAGAGUGUUUAGUUUGUAUAUUGUGUGUUUAUUGAAUCGUAAGAAGAGUCAAAACUCGCUGGGAGGCCGUAAGCGAUCUGUCGAUGGACCAGUCAGACUGCUGCUUUCAUUUCCCAUCUCCUCUCCGAUGGAAACCGCAGCGGAUCAAAUCUGAGGAGGCGUACGAAAAAUCAGUUUCCCCGCGACUGACCCAAACACCUGCUGAGCCGGCGCAAAGCCCGCAUCAUCGGGACGAGAAUAAACAAGGCCAGUUGCGACUUUUACAGCAAACGCUAACUGAUGCAUCAGUCAGUACAUUCGUAUUUAUCCUUUUUUUUUUUUCCUACUGUAUUUUCCUCUCAAGCCAUAUUUACUUUCCCCAAAAUAUAAUUUGGACUCAACCGAAGUGACCACAUUCUGUUUUAGCAGCACACUCCUCCAAAUAAUGCUCUCUGUGUCAAUAUUUGCCAGGCCCAGGCUGACAUGCAGUUCUCCGGGGCCGGUUUAACCCGAUCCAUGUUGUGGCCAGACUCCGUGUUUUUUCUCCAAAAAGGACAGAAAUUCAGCCCCUUUCGCCCUCCGACAUGCCACAAAAUGGCCAUUUCUGUUUAGCUGCACUCGCAAAGCUCACAAACACGUCUCGCCCCUUUACAAGGGAUUGUGGAAAAACAUUUGCAGAGACCAAAACGGUCCGUAUGACGACUUCUUUUUCUUCUGCAACCCUGAGAGCGACAUUGUGCUCAGAUUUAGCUGGAGCGUCUUCCCAUCUGAGCGCAUCACUGUGAGCCUUGAAUAACGUGGAAUAUUUAAGAGAACAUAUUUGAACGAGAGAGAAGAAAAAGAAACCUGUAUCCGUAUCAAUCAAAAUACCUUUUGUGCCUAACCGAUCCUAAAUAUUAUAUACCUCUGGAAAGCUGCUGUUUACAUUUGUGAUCCUGUUAAGACUGUUUUUUUUUCUUUUCCCUGUAAAUACGUGUACAUUUUCAGCUUAUUUAUUGCACCUUUUAU